AUGAUGCGCCAGACUCUCCUAGCGGCUCUCUUUCUGUACCAGCGAGCUACAGCAACCUCUGAUCCCCCGAUUAGAGUUGCAGCUCCUGGUACUGUGCCUCCUGGAGCAUCCCAAAUUGUAGACCAUGCUUUCGCCUCUUUUUCUUUUCCCGCCCAUUGGCUUCCUGAUUUUGCUGGAAAUAAUAGUCACCCUAAUUUAUUCUCCCGUGAUAUCCUAGAUCUCCUAUACAUGCUAACAUCUAGUGCUAGCGACCGCACAUAUUACAAUGCGUCUCAAGAACAGUCCAUCCUAGUCGAGACAGGCUCCAAUGGCAUUCCGUCAGCAGUCUACGUUGGACCUGUGUACUUUGAAGCCUUGAAUAACUUUCCUGGCUCUUUGUGGAGCUUCCAGGCUAAUCUCGCCAACAAUGCUAGCUGGGGUCUCAACAACACUAUGGAAGUGUGCAAACAUGUUAUGAAUACUCUUAAGGGCAAUCUGAUCGACUUUGAGAUCGGAAAUGAAGUAGACCUUUACCCAUGUGCCGUUCGACCUUGUGGGUAUACAGUCUAUGAUUAUCUCCAAGAAUGGACUACCUAUGCGAAUGCAAUCUCGGAAAAUGUCCUCAAGGGAAACCGCUACGGUUUGGACGAGCAGAGGUUCUUCCAAGCCUUGGUGUUUGCAAAUGCGGAGUUGAAAACUUUCACCACGCCAAACGCGUUUAAUGGGGGUAUUGAUCUGACCGAUCAUGUCAAAUCCGUUUCUUUGCACCACUAUGCGGCGGGCAAUCAGGGUUGGGUUAGACUUCAAGAAACAUUCAUGAACCACACUGCUGUUGUGGCUAACCUUAGCAUCUAUUCCCCCGCCAAUGACUACCUGAAGACGAACUACCCAAACAUCACUUUCUUGCUGGGCGAGACAAACAGCGACUACACUAAUCUCUUGAUGAAUCAAGUAGAGGGAGUGUUCGGCAGCUCCCUAUGGCUAAUUGACUAUCUCAUGUACGGAAUGUCUCUGAACAUCACUCGUUUUAAUCUCAUCCAGGGAACUACGUUCGGAUAUACGGGCUGGGUACCUGUGCCCACUGGGAAUAUGCAACCCUAUGUCAGGGCACCUCUCUAUGGUCAGAUUGUUGUGGCAGACGUAAUCGGCCACAACCCUCAUGUUCAAAUCUUGCCCAUUGAUCUUGGCCCUGAGCUUUGGAAGUUCUCCGCGUAUGGUGUCUACGAAUCAUCAAGGUUGAACAAAUACGUGCUCAUCAACCUUGAUGAAUGGAAUUCUACAACUCGAUAUUCUCGUCCAAACCAAAGUGUUACACUGAAGUUUCCCUCCGGAGUAAAAGCCGCCAAAGUACAGAGACUUGUCGGAACAGGAGCCAGUGCAGACUCGGACAUUACUUGGGGUGGACUUAGCUGGAACUAUACCCAUGGGCGGCUCGCGCAGUCAGGUCGACCUCACAACGAAGUGUUACACAUUUCCAAAGGCAUGGCCAAAUUGACAAUUCCAUCAACAGAAGCCGUUGUCGUCACACUGGAUCGAUAG